GAAUGAACUCGUCUGAUAAUUUGGUGAGCUCGCAUGAAAACGCUAACAGAUAAUACAUGACGUACCUCAAAAAGUCUACUGUAGAGAAAGACACGACAUUUUGACGGCCGAAAAUUGGCCCCUACUCAGAGAUAAAAGAUCUGGUUUCGCACAUAAGUCUUCGGUCAGGAAUUUUAUGCUUGGAUGUUGUAUGCAUAUCCGGUUUGGUGACGUCAGAGCCACUUCCUACUUCCGUGCGACCUCUAGGUCCCAGAUCGGUGAACUGAAGUACUGCUGCUGGCAGGAGCUGCAAGGACCGUCCUGUCAUUUGCCAAGGAUCCACAACAAACCACACCAGAGAUUGACUUUCUUUAUAACACGUGGCAGUAGUCUAGAGUACAGCCGACACCAUGUCGUUGGCGGGGUUAAAAAAGCAGUUGAAUAAGGCCAACCAGUCUAUUCGAGAGAAGAUAGGAGGGGCCGAGGCUACAAAACUUGACGAUGACUUCCUGGAAAUGGAAAAGAAAAUUGACACAAUGGACGAGCUGUCGAUUGAGUUGAUAACUAAAACCAAGGAAUACCUGCAGCCCAACCCAGCUUCUCGUGCAAGACUUGCCGCUCAGAACCAGUUUUCUAAAAUCCGCGGCCAGGCCCGGACCACCCAGUACCCACAGCCAGAGGGCACCCUGGGAGAUGUCAUGAUCAAAUACGGCCGAGAGUUGAGCGAGGGCUCAGUGUCAUCAGAAUAUGAUUGGAGAAACUAUGGUGAGGCCCUGGGAGAGAUGGGAGAGACCCUGAAACAGAUGGCAGAGGUGAAGUACAACCUGGACGCCACCGUCAAGCAGAACUACCUGGACCCCCUGCAGCAGCUCCACGAGAAGGACAUCAAGGAAGUCUUGCACCAUCGUAAGAAGCUUCAGGGUCGACGACUCGACUACGACUGUAAGAAGCGCCAGAAGGAAAAAGGUAGUGGAGGUAUGCAACCUGCAGGGUCAAAGAUCAGCGAUGAUGACCUGCGGAAUGCCAUGGAGAAGUUUGAGGAGUCAAAAGAGCUGGCAGAGAACGGCAUGUACAACCUCCUGGAGAGUGAUGUGGAGCAGAUCUCCCAGCUGCAGACCCUGGCUAACUCCAUGCUGGAGUACCACCAGCAGUCCACAGAACUCAUGGAGCAACUCUGCAGUAAACUACAGAGCAGAGUUGAUGAUGCGUCCAGCAGACCCCGCUCUCACCACCGCCCCAAGAAGGUGACGGAGGACCUGCUGGAUCACUACAACGGCACCGACUCUACAGACGCACCCCCCGCGUACGCCUCCAUCUCUGCAAAGGAACGUACGACUUGGUACGUGGAAACUGAUGAAACAGAAUCAGGGGAUUUGCUGGUGGACACCGCGGCAGCAGACUCCCCCACCACGCAGCACCAGCAGCCCUGUUGUAAGGCGCUGUACGACUUCGAGCCCGAGAACGAGGGGGAGCUGGGCUUCCAGGAGGGCGACCUCAUCACGCUCACCAACAGAAUCGACGAGAACUGGUUCGAGGGCACGGUGAAGGGGCAGUCCGGAUUCUUCCCCGUCAACUACGUGGAAGUGGUCGUCCCCCUGCUGUAGAUUUGUGUGGCGUCUGUCGUGGUGACUUCUUCAUAGGUACAGUCCAAACUGCACAAGACCACUCAACAGGGGACUGAUAAAACCUGGUCUAUGUGGACAGGUGGUCGCUAUAGACUCUUACUGCUUGUGUCAAUAGCAAGAAUCACUGAAAUGUGGUCACAUUGGCCAGGUGGUCCUUAUGUAGAGGUGGUCACUUGUACAGAUUUGACUGUAUAGUACUGUGAUCUUUGGGCAUGACCUUGGAACAUUAAUUACAGAUGCAUUUGAAAGAAGUACAUGUACAUGCACCUAGAAAAUCUCAUUUUGAAGGUAUGGCAAGGAAGAUUCAAGUCAGUGAUAUACAUUAUUUUGUGAAUAGCGCCAAGCUCUUAGUUAAAUGUUGGUCCACCCAAAGGAGUAUUGUACCCGUACCUGUAGUGUUUGCCACACAUCAAGGGCUUCUUUUGCAAUAGAGAAAAACUACAAAAAACUGAAAUAGUAUCUAAAUGAAUUAUUAUUAACUUCACCUCGAUGGGUAAACAGUUAAAAUUGAAGUGGAAAGAUUUACCCAGUAAGUGAAAAUCUGUCCUGAUGUGGUGUAGUGAUACUGUAUUAGUGAACUAGAGUUUUUCCCUGACAUGAUGUGCAUGUGGUGAUAUCACUGAAUGGAAUCUCCCUUGUUGAUAUAAAGCAAUCUGCUGGUGUCAGUCUAGUGUCGUACCUUGCAUGUUCAAAUAGAAACACAUACAGGUCUGUGAUGCAGUCUGAUUAUACGUCAUAAAUGUCAUGUUCUACAGUUUUGUUGUACAUGUAGAGAACUGCCAAGUGAUAUUAGAUGUAUAGGCCUCCUAUCCACUACAUGGAGUUCACUGAGUGACCAAAAUUGGAUAUUUGGAGCAGCCAACCUAUGAUGAUUGUGUUUGAUCCUUGGUUUUAUAAUUGAAAUAUAAUACAUAAGAUUAAAGAUUCAAAAGACAACAAGACACACAAAAAAGAUUCAGUUCUGAAAUUCCUGGAAAUUAGCCUGUCAAAUGGUUGCUCAGCAGUCACAACCUCUAGUGGAAAGAGGGUUGUAUGGAGAUGCUCCAAAUCUAGAACUUCAUCACCUAGUGGCAUUUGAAACUGGAAUGAUUUUUUUUCUGUUAAAUUAUUCCCACACUGCAUUUCGCAGUUCAGGGAUGUGUUCCAUUCUUUUUAAGCAGUACCAUGUACAUAUAUUAUGUGUUAUGUAUUGGUUGCUGUGUUAUGUACAUUAUUGUGUACAAUAGAGCCAUUUUGAUGUACCUGAAAAGCAACUCAGUAGGGCCACACCGAUUUAUUUAUUUGGUUCUUGGACAUUUUAAGUGAAAAUAUAGCAGGGUGACAUCAUGAAUCAAAGUAGAGGGUAGGGAGGAAAGCUAAAAUAUGACUAAAUUCACUCCACAAAACUGAGUGCACCAAGGCACAAACCUGGUCCUCAGGCUACGUAAGUAUGUUUUUCCAGUUAAGCCAAGAACCAACCAAUUAAAUUGGUGUGGCCAAGUGAAGAAAAUCUGUCUUGUGUAGUUGAGGCAGAACCUUGCCAGCUUGGCCACGCUAGAUAGAACAAAAACAGGUUGAACAAAAAUUUUGGAGAAAGAUAGAGUUGACUAUUUUAUUGACUGAGAAUGGGUAACAAGUUGCUUGAGCUGUGUGACUGAAAAUAUUAUAUGUGUUACAUAGAUGGACUUAUGUUACACAAAAUACAUAAUGUCCUAUACUCCUUUGGAAUCAAACUGGUGAUAUGAAAAAAAAAUUGAUAAAAGAAACUAGUUUGUAUGUAGAGCAAUAGAAAAAGUUACAAGUGAGAAAUUUUACCGAGCUGCAAGUCAAGGAAUGAAUGAAUGAUUCAAAGGAAGUGUGUGUAUUAUGGGACCACUGGAGGUUUAAUGCACCAGUGAACUGGAAAUUUCCAACCUGCUCGAAGAAGAGUUCAGCUUAACUGUUGUAAUUCCAAUUGCUACAUGUAUGUUUAGACUGAAUCCAUGGUGUGCUGUUACGGGUCGUCUCACUUGUUGUUUUACAUCAUCAUGUUCAUCAGAUACCGGUAUAUACAGUUGAUACACAUCAUAGUGGUGUAUAUGGGAUCCUCCUGUUUACCUUCACUCUUACCAGCUGUAGGCUCCUCUUCGACAAAAGUUCUCAAGUUAAGCUGGCAUCACACAGUGAAGAACAUUUGGCUGAAUUUGCUAUUGCCAGACUGUCACUGAAUCUCAAAAUUGCCAGAGUCAAGCGUAUAUUUAGUCUGACUGUCAAUCUAUGGUACCUUUUACAUUCUAUGGGGCUCUGUGACCUGCAAACAUCAACAGUUUCCCAAAACUUGUGCAGUGAUUAAGAGGACACCAGCCGAAAAUGUCCUCUUGUUCACAGACUCGUCGGCUGAGCUUUCUUCCUGCUGUGUGAUGCCAGCUUUAAGGUGUUGAUGUUAACACGUAGUUGGUAUGAUUCUUUGUAGUUACACUAGAUAUUAGGAUAUAGCCAGCAGUGAACAAGUCUAAAUGAACUUACAUGUAGCUGAGCUGAAUUGUUAUGUAUGUUUGCAAUGUAUAAUUGCUGUAGCUUUGUGUUUCUUCUUGUUUGGGAACCAUUUGAAGACAUCAGGACCAACAUUGCAGGGCUCUUUAAACAGAUGUUAUCAAGUACUAAAACAUUGAAUGUCAAGAAUUGAGCAGAGCUGCUUGCAAAGCAAAAUUGCUUCUCAAAGACAGUCUGUUUGUUAAAUGUAAAAGCAUAGUCCAAUGUUUUAAUACUUCUGUAGUGAGCCCAGCAAUGUAUGGUAGGACACUAAUAGCAAAUGUGUGUGUAUAUAACUAAGCCUCUUCUCCUUGGAGAGUGAAGACUUGGUGCCACUAUGAACUAAGGAUUUGUUUCUGUUGCACUGUCUAGGAAUACCCGAGAUGUGGGUAUAUUGCGGUGACGGCACUGCGAUGUUGAUAUAAAUGGAAAAACAAACUUUCCCCAACACAUCAUUCCCAUCUUCUGUUGGCUGAGAAAACCAACACAAGAACCCAUAAAGGCAAUAACCAGUACGACAAAAAACUGUAACAUUAAGCUACACGGCCAGCUGCAUGUCUUAGUUUUGUUUCAUUUGUGUAAAAAUUCAAGCUAUCCAUGUCGUGUUAUUGUUCCCUGUGGUUGAACUAAAGAAACAGACUGACUUCCAGCUUGCAAAUAUUUAUGUACCUUGUGCUGCAGCAUGGGUAGAGCAAGUCCGUACAUUUUUCCAAAAUGACUUGCAAUUUCUUUGAUAGUAAAGCUAUUGUAUUAUAUAAUCCAUACUUUAUUUUAGCAGCUUAUUCUUGCUGAUUGUGAAUACAGUAAAUGCAGCUAAUGUGAACUGA